AUGUCGAAAGCGCUAGUGUCUAUGGUUGGGAAGAGGGUCCUAGGUGAAAGUGCGAAAAACCACUUUGGAACUGAGGACCCGUACUUUGAAGAAGUUCCCGCUUCACGUCUUGGUCGUACCUUCGGAAAGAAGACCCAGAAGCGUCGCAAGGCCAUACCACCGGGCCUUUCAGAGAAUGACGUCAAAAUAUUGACCAAGGUGAAGCGCAGAGCUUACCAACUGGACUAUUCUCUCUUCAACUUGUGCGGAAUUCAGUUCGGUUGGGGAAGUGUGAUUGGACUUGUUCCCUUUGUCGGUGACGCUGGAGAUGCCGCGCUCGCAAUGAUGGUUGUGAGAACCUGCGAAGGAGUUGACGGCGGACUUCCCGCUGCCCUUCGCAUGAAGAUGGUGAUCAAUGUGAUAAUCGACUUCGUCAUUGGCCUUGUUCCUUUCAUCGGUGAUCUUGCAGAUGCAGUGUACAAAGCCAACACCAGAAACGCCGUGAUUCUUGAAACCCAUCUGCGCGAAAAGGGUGCCAAGACACUUUCGAAGCAAACCAGAAGACAGGAGCAAACAGCCGCAAUUGACCAUAGUCUCCCCGAUGCAUUUGAUAAACAAGAAAGUGGCGUUGUCGGAGACAGUCCCCCAGACUAUGAAUAUGCCCACCCGUCGACUCGUGACGCUCAGGGUCCAACCAGGCCCCAGCCUGCCAAACAGUCCCGGAACAACCGUUCCUUUGGCAGGUGGUUCGGCGGAGCAAGUCACCCAGAAGAGGACUUGGAGCGAGGUCGUUCCUAA